GAAGAAGAAGAAGAAGAAGCUCCGCACGGUACACGAACCGAUGAGCGCUUUGACGCCGCUGGCGGGGUCGCGCGCGUUAUUAACUACACAAUCAAUGAAAGUGUUCUGGUGUUAAGAUGAAACAAAGAGCAGAGCAACACCGCGACUUCCUGUGCUGCAGCUGCACUUCUCAGAGCGACUUGACACGCUUUUUGUGCAUGAUCGCCUCCUAAAGACGUGUCUCAAGAUGAUGACCGACAUCAUUGUGUUGUGUUUCACUUUGGCCGUCUCCUUGUCCUUCUGGAUCAUAUCGCUAGCAAUCAGCUCGUACUCCGGUACGUUGAAGCCUGUGUCUCCGUGGCGAUGGCUGUUCUCUGUCCUGGUCCCACUCGUUAUCACGUCUCGCGCUUGGAAGAAAAAGAGUCUCGAUUUCGGGGGAUGUCUGGGAGCGCUGCUGGUCGGUUUUGUUCUCACCUUGGCCAACACCAGUUUCCUGGCAGCUCUGUUUGCGUUCUUCAUCACCUCCAGUAAGCUGACACGAUGGAAGGGUGCGGUCAAGAAACGCAUCGACUCCGAAUAUAAAGAAGGUGGCCAGAGGAACUGGAUCCAGGUUUUCUGUAACGGAGGCGUGCCGACAGAACUGGCUUUGCUUUACAUGAUCGAAGUCGGCCCGGGCGAGAUUCCAAUAGAUUUUUCCAUGCAAUACACUGCGUCAUGGAUGUCCCUGUCGCUCCUGGGAGCUUUGGCCUGCAGUACAGGAGACACAUGGGCUUCAGAAGUGGGUCCUGUUCUCAGUAAGAGUCGACCCAGGCUCAUUACUACGUGGACUGAAGUCCCAGCAGGUACGAACGGAGGAGUCACCGUGGUUGGUCUUGUAGCGAGCUUGCUCGGUGGAGCCACAGUGGGCACGGCUUACUUCAUUUCUCAGCUGCUGCUGAUUAGCGAUCUGCAUUUGGCAGCCCCUCAGUGGCCUAUUGUUGUGUACGGCGCUGCAGCGGGAUUACUUGGCUCGUUGCUCGACUCUUUGCUGGGUGCAGUCAUGCAGUAUUCAGGCUACGAUGAAAGCACUGGAAAAGUCGUCAACUUCCAGGCGCCAAAAGUAAAGUGGAUAUGUGGAAAACCCAUUUUGGAUAACAAUGGUGUAAACCUUUUCUCCUCAGUCCUCAUAGCUCUUAUCCUGCCAGGAAUUGCCUGGGGAGUCUGGCCCCCGCGCUGAUUUGGUCAAACUUGACCCUGUGAGGCUGCUAUCGAAUUUGAAACAAAUAUCAGCUAGUAUUUUUUUUUUUAUUAUUAUUAUUAUUUGGGAUCACGUGCACUUGACCUGAAGAUUCAAUCUUUACAUUAGAGAUCUGUGUUUUGAUGUGAUUUACUGUGAAUUUUCAAUGUUGUUACUGUUUUAAUAAUUCUUAUUAAAUGUUUUUAAAGAAAUUUUCUGUGCACUGUGAAUUUUUUAAUUUCCAAGGUGAUGUAUCACUAAAUAUUGUAUCAUGAUUUUUUUUUUAAAGAAACGGUAUGCAUUAC